UGUGUUUAACGUCACUUCCGCUUUCACUUUGCUCUCCGCUUCACGUGUGACCGAACGAAACAGCUUCAGAUAAUAUGGGUACGCGGCGACUACUUUUGAUCUCCAACUCAACUCUACACGGAGGUGGAUACCUCGAACAUUGCAGCGACCAGAUCAAGACAUUCCUCAGACAGGUGAAGCGGGUUCUAUUUGUACCGUAUGCUCUGCACGAUCAAGAUGAAUAUGCCAACGUUGCUAAGAAAGCGUUCAAUACAAUGGGAUAUGAACUGGACAGUAUCCACACACAGCCAAGCGCACUGGAGGCCGUCAAGAAAGCUGAAGCUGUGUUUAUAGGAGGAGGAAACACCUUCCGUCUCCUCAAGGCACUGUACACAGAGGGGGUGCUGGAGGAGAUCAGACGCAGGGUGGAGCAGGACGGAGUUCCAUACAUUGGGUCGAGCGCAGGCAGUAACGUGGCUACAUUGAGCAUCAACACUACCAAUGACAUGCCCAUUGUUUACCCACCCAGCUUCUUCGCCCUUAACCUAAUCCCCUUCAACAUCAACGCCCACUACAUAGAUCCUACAUCCAGCAGCACCCACAUGGGGGAAACUCGUGAGGCAAGGAUCAAACAGUAUCAUGAGUACCAAGACUCCCCUCCAGUACUGGUAUGUAUCACU